CGGAUCUGUGUCACACUUGAAGCCCGUGCAUCCACAGCACGGACGUAUGCAAAGAACGCGAAGCGUCGCUCUCUAGUCAAGCGCAACAUCGGAGAGAUACUUUGAUUGGUUCUUAUAGAGACAAUAAAUGCGCCGCAGAAUCCUAACGCCUGUUUGGUGAUUAUUAUUCUUUUUUGCCUAGGCAAGCGAAGAAAACAGAUCACAAUAUAAAUAACACUUUUACAGCAAGGGAGAUAUUGGGUGCUAAUCAAGAUGGAAACGGCUUCGAAAGCGCGUCGGCUAUCCAACGUUUCCACAGCGUCCAAUGUGUCCACGUCUAGCGUUGGCACGGAGUUCGGUCAAAGCGAUUUGCAGAUUUGGGGGGACAAACCUUUACCUGUCGACUACCUUGGUGACAUCUCUACCCUGGAUGACGGGAGAUGGUCUAACUCUGGCGUGAAGAAACAUCAUCACAAGCACAACUUGAAGCACCGAUACGAGCUUCUGGAGACCCUGGGGAAAGGGACAUACGGGAAAGUAAAGAAAGCCAUCGAAAGACAGUCUGGCCGAGUGGUGGCCAUCAAGUCCAUCCGGAAGGAAAAGAUCAAAGAUGAACAGGACAUGGUUCACAUCCGCAGAGAGAUUGAGAUCAUGUCCUCUCUCAGACACCCACAUAUCAUCUCCGUCUAUGAAGUGUUUGAGAACAAGGACAAAAUCGUGAUUGUGAUGGAGUACGCCAGUAAGGGGGAGCUGUACGACUACAUCAGCGAGAGGCGGCGUCUCAGCGAGAGAGAGACCAGACACUUCUUCAGGCAGAUUGUCUCCGCCGUGCACUACUGUCACAAAAAUGGAAUCGUGCACAGGGAUUUGAAACUGGAAAACGUGCUGCUGGAUGAAAACUGUAACAUCAAGAUUGCUGACUUUGGUCUGUCCAACCUUUACCACAAAGACAAGCUCCUCCAGACAUUCUGUGGGAGCCCACUGUACGCCUCGCCAGAGAUCGUUAAUGGAAGGCCUUACAUUGGUCCAGAGGUGGACAGUUGGGCCCUGGGAGUGUUGCUUUACACGUUGAUCUACGGCACCAUGCCUUUCGAUGGGGAGGACCACAAUAAACUGAUCCGCCAGAUCACCAACGGAGAGUACAGAGAACCUGCCCAGACCUCAGACGCUCGUGGUCUGAUACGCUGGAUGCUCAUGGUGAACCCUGUGCGCCGGGCCACGGUGGAAGACAUCGCCAACCACUGGUGGGUCAACUGGGGCUGGAAGACCAGCGUGUGUGACUGUGAACACCAGAGGGACGAUAGUGGCUGCGUCACUUCACCAACGCUGGCGCGCUUCAUUGACUGGCAGAACAGCGCCCCCGAUUCCCCGAGGGGGGCGCCAGCCAAGCCCCCCCUCUCAGAACCCCUUGCCAUGCUCCCCCACAUCGGCCGCCAGCGCCUCAGGAAGUCCACGAAGGAGAAUGAAGGAGGAGCACGCCACCAUCACCCCGUGGGGGAGGACAAGGAGAAAGACAAACCGGGGCUGAAGAGGCCCAAGGGCAUCCUAAAGACCCGUGUGUCUGACCAGUGGUCCCACAGCGUGGGCGAGAUUGAGCUGAGCCGCUCCUUACACUUCCAGGGAGUUCAGGGAGGAGAUCUGCCCUCCAGCCCGGAAAGAGACGAGGAAGAGCAGGAGGAUGACCAGGAUCGCCUGGGCGUGUCGCCGGCCAAAAUUGUGCCCACACUCCCCAAGAAGGGCAUCCUGAAGAACAACCAGCAGCGGGAGUCAGGCUACUACUCCUCCCCGGAGCGCGGCGAGUCAUCCGAAAUCCCAGGGGACAACUCCGCCAUGGCCCUGGCGGCCAGCUCACCAACAAAGAGGACCGUGGGGAGGAAGGGUAUCUUGAAGCGCAACGGGAAGUACGGUAACUCUCCUUCCUUCCCCAGUGGCCUCUCCAGUAUGGGCUACCUCGGAGAGACUCAGACGGACUCGGGUCUCUCUCGUAGCCAGAGCAGGCCCUCCAGUAUGUUGUGCAACGAAAUGGGGCUGUCCGGUGUCCCUCCCUUCCCAGGGACGGACUGGCACCCGUCAUCUUUGCAGCCCAACGUCAGGGCAUGCAUGUCGGCUGAGGAUCUACUAGAGCUGGCCGGCUUCAGGCGGGGCCUCCAGACCGCCGCACUGGGGCUCCACGGUGGGAGGGUGGGUACCCGCGGGACCCCAGGGUCUCCCGGGGAUAACGGCAGCUUCUCUCUGCUUGGGGACAUGGAUGAUAUGACCCAGGUCUACCAACAUGCCCUGGACAUUAGCAGUAAUCUAAGCUAGGGAGGUAGGAUGAUAGGAUGAUAGGCCGGGAGGGACAGAAGGACAGACAGGAACACACACACAAUGGGAACUUGAUGUUUGGGUUAGGACUGGACGUGUGGAGCGGAGUCUCAUCCACCUGCCCUUCUGUACUAAAUGUAUCAUUACAGCGCUGUUGUGAAUGUUUACAUGUUUAAAAGAAACAGGGGGAAGAAGCUAAUGGCUGACCACACUAUUAGGCAUCCUGAAGCACUUUUAGUCAGCCUCUGGUUUCUGUGUCCAUCAACUAAUCUCAACGAUUGAUCUGUUAUAUUGUUAGAUCAGUCAAAUAUUACUGUUGUUUUCGUCAUUACGAACUAAUCUUUGUACAUUUUAAGACAUUAUGCUAAAUAAUUGUAUAACUUGAGUACAUUUCCAUGAAUGCCAUAGGGGUCAUGCUUCAAAAACUAUCAACCUAUCAGCUUUACAUCACCACAAUGUUUCGGGUUAGGAACAAAUCUGCAUGGGGAUAAGAAUAUUAUGUGUGCAUUUGAAGGAAGUGCCUAUGUUAUCAUGUACUGUAUUUCCUGAAGGUUUCCAUAGGAACAGUUAGAGCAGCUGCACUCACCAGAAUAUUCCAAGUUAAAUUAGGGUUAUUUUACACCACUUGGACCAACUCAUGUACUUGACCAUUUACGUUCCCAGGGGAACAGUUUGGGAAAUUGGAAAUUGAAAGACACGACAACAGAAAGACUCAAAUUAAGAUUAACUGAAAGAAUGAUGGGGUCACAUGUGGUGAUGCAAAGUGGUUGUUUUAGAAAGGGGACAUAUUGAGUAUAAGGGCUGGAUAGGUGUGUACUCAGAAAGGAGUGUCAGGGGUUAAUAGCUUGAGUAUAGAGGUCUUGUUCAUUCAUGUAAGUUGGCUGUUGGACCAGGCUGUUACAACCCUUGUUCUCAAGACUGAAGGGAUCCUUCUUUUUUCAAGAGUGAAGAUAGAGGGAUGGUUUACAGAGAGAGGGAACGAGGGUGAGAUGGAGAGAUCAGGGAGUUGACAAAAAAGAGAAGUAGACAGAGAGAGUAUGGAAGAGAGUAGCGUUGUGGAGCUAGGAAAAGAGAGAGGCGGUCGAGAGACUGAGAGGUAGACAUGGAGAGGAAAUGGCAAUAAUCAGAAUAUUUGAAAGUGUAAAAGUAAUGCUAAUUUUCAGUUUAUCAAUUUGAUCUACUUGAAUCGCUUUUAUUUAACCUGAUAAGCCGAUUCAUAACCAAUUCUUAUUUACAUUGAUGACCUGGAUGAAGGCAUAACAGUAACACGUGAAGGUGACAAAAACCAAAUCAACCAAAUCACAAUGUGCAGUGGAAUAAGCAUGCGGUCAAUAAGUUACACCGAAUGAUGGUGGUACCUGUUUACAGCUGUCAAGUGUCAAAUUUGAGAAUCUUUUUGCAAUUCAAUCCAUUCAUAGACAGUGAAAAACUGAAAUGAAUGGUAGCUGAAAGAGUUGCUGAGCACAGCUUUAGGUAGACUGAUAUUGAGGAGUGAGCUGAGGUAAAGGGGGAAUUUGCCACAGACGGACUUGUAGAAAAAGCUAGAACCAGUUAGUCUGGCAGCCAAUUUACCAGAGAUUGAAGACCACAAUGAAGUGUGUUGUAGAAGUAACAAUGCCCAUGACAUGGUUAAUGAAUAGUCAUUCAUAGGGGUUAAUAUUAGCAUGGAGCCUGUAAAUACAAAAAUUAUACACAUUUUGGGCUUGACUUUAGACUGGAGGUGGCUGAUGUGGGUCUGGAAACAGUAAACAGUCCAACCAAAUACCAAGGUACUCACGCAUACCGACAGGCGCUAACUCAGACCCACCAAAGGUGAAUACGUGAAUACGUCACUCGUACAGAAAAAGUGCACAGCGUUUGAGGAGAGCCGUGUAGUGCACUAUGAAGGGAAUAGGGUUUAAUUUAGGAUGCCAACCUAGACAUUUAAAUAAACUAGUGGUGUUCAAGAAACCCAAAUAGUUUGAAACAUGUUUUCUCUGAAAACAGAGAAAACAUUUUAUGGCAAUGGAGAGUUUGUCAAAGUCGGCAAAUGUUCGUAACAUGUCAGAGUAUAUAUAUAUUUAUGACUAUGGAACCUGGUUGACUAUUGUUUCGUGUUUUGUGUCGUAUGGACUGAAAUAAUACUUUUAACUGGAUUUUACAGUGCUGGAAAAAAUUAUACUAUGUUAGUAUUUUUUCCUGGAUUUCUUUUUAUUACGCUUCUGUUUUUGAUUUUUACAAAAUAUAGAAACUUUGUAUGUCUUUCUUUUACGGGCAGUGGGGGUAAAUCGGGUCUGGUUUGGUAACUGGAAGGGGGGAGCUGUACGAUGGCCCACAUGAAAACCAAGUAUUACUAUAUCUGUGUACGUGUAAGAGAUUGAGCAGGUUAAAGUUUUAAAAAAGUGAGGAGCAAGUCGUAAACUGACAAGUGACUCUGUGAGCCUUUAAGAUUGUAAGAACACACAGGGAAUGUAGUGGAAAAGAAAGGGAUGCCAGUAGUAUCAAUCGGCCAAAGAGCCCUCAAGCUGCACUCUGCCAAACUGGACCAAAAAAUUUUUGCAUCUGUUGGUUACCAUCUUAACUGGAUAUUCUUAUGUUAUAUUAAAGUAUUAUUAUAAUUAUUAUUAUGUAUUUAAGUUUUAUUUUAUGUUGCUACUGUUUGUUGGUAUUGAAGUUUUGAUGGUAUUAUGUUUUUGUUUUUUUGUAGACAGUUAAACCUGGAUGUUGCUUUUGUUUGUUACUGUACCGAUUUAAGAACGAUUAUGGAUCUGCUGUUAUUGUAUUUAAAAGCAAUGUCCUAAUGUGUAUUAGUUUUGGUCUCCACUACAUAUGGCAGUAGAAAUCCAGUUGUCAGUCAGGGAAGAUUAAACAUUGACCUAACAUCUCCGCCAAGCAGCAUUCUUUCAGCAUCAUCUCAAAUAAACAGC